UGGGUUUUUUUUCAUUUCUGGUUCUUUACUUUUCAUCCACAAAUUGAAACAAGAGAUAAGCAGCAGAACACCAACUAGGCAACUAGAGAGAGAGAGAGAGAGAGAGAGAGAGAGGUAGAAAGUCAUGGCUGAAUCUAUGGCAAGUUUUCUGACGGAAAACUUGGAUGAGUUAAUGAGCUGCAAGAGGGAUUUGAUUAGGGAAGAGGAGGAUCAAAUUGCUUGGCUUUACAAGGGUCUACAAUUGCUAAUAGCCUUCCUUAAGGAUUUACAGAUCAAGUUUAAAGACCAUGAAGGAGCGAAAAACCUGGAGGCACGAAUUAGAGAUGUGGUGUAUGAGGCUGAAACAGCCGUUGACUUGUUUUUAGCUAACACGGUCUUGAAGGAGGCGGAGGAGGAGAAUAUGAUAACGAAGCUAACGAAGAAGAUUUCUUUUCGGCCAAAAAAGCUAAUGAAGAAGAUUGGCAUAUUAGGUCGCUCAUUAACUCUUGGCCAUGUCAAGAUAGAGAUUGAAGUAAUCAAAACAGAGAUGAACGAAAUGUAUGACAAGAGGACAUGCGGCGUGCAAACAGUAAAUAAUGUCGGAAAUUUUUCGAUUGAUAGAGAUACAUCAAGAGCAACAAAUAGUAGUAAAUGGGAGGGGGAGGAGGAAACAAUGGUGGGAUUUGAGCAGGAGACAAUGAUCUUAAAGGAGCAACUUACUGGAGGUUCGAAGCAGCUUAAGAUCAUUUCGAUUGUUGGGAUGGCUGGACAAGGUAAGACUACUUUGGCUACAAGAGUGUAUAAUGAUUCUUUUGUGACAUACUAUUUCCCCGAUACGCGAGCUUGGAUAACUGUUUCUCAAGAGUACCAAAAGAGGGAUUUGUUACUUGGCCUUUUAAGAUCUGUUUUGCAGAUCCAACAUAAGAGGGAUUUGUUACUUGGCCUUUUAAGUUCUGUUUUGCAGAUCCAUCAGAUCAGUGACAAUAGUGAUGAGGUGUUGGCUCAAAAGCUGUACAAAAGCUUAAAGGGAAGGCGAUACUUCAUCGUGAUGGAUGACAUAUGGGAUCAUAGGGCCUGGUUUGAUUUGGAAAAUUGUUUUCCAGAUGAUAACAACGGAAGUAGGAUUAUGUUCACUAGUCGGCAUGAACAUGUAGCUUUGCUUUCCAAACCCAUGAGUUUCCCUCCUCUUUCUCUGCGUUCUCUAUCUCCUAAUGAGAGUUGGAAUCUCUUACGACAGAAAAUAUUUCAAAGAGAAACCUGCCCUUCAGAGCUCAUGGGGAUAGGAAAGCAAAUAGCACAAAAGUGUCAAGGACUACCGCUUGCAAUCGUUGUGGUAGCGGGAAUUCUUAGAAAUGAAGAGAAGAUUCGAGAGCGGUGGAUGCAGGUGGGGCAAACCUUAAAUUCACAGAUUGCUAUGGACCAAGAACUGUGGAGUAAGACAAUAGCACUGAGUUAUAACCACUUACCUGCUCACUUGAAACCGUGCUUUCUCUACUUCGCAAUAUUUCCAGAGGAUUUCCAAAUUCAUGUGUGGAAGUUGAUUUGGUUAUGGGUUGCUGAGGGAUUCAUAAGAAAGACAGGUAAAAAAAGCUUGGAGGAUGUAGCGGAGGAAUACCUGAUGGAUUUAAUCGGUAGAAAACUUGUGUUCGUUUCCAGAAGAGGGUACGACGAUCGGAUCAAAGCAUGUGGUAUUCACGAUUUGUUGCGUGAAUUUUGCCUCCAAAAAGCCGAGGAAGAGUAUUUUCUCCAGCGGAUUAUGGGCAAACUACUCGUUUCAACUUCUUCUUAUUCCUCGUCCUUGACGUCGAGUAUUCCUCUUGUGUGCAUUGAUAGUACUCCUGCUCCAAAGUACAUCCGCUCUUUGUUUCGCUUGCACGGUAGUUUUGAUGGAUAUCAUGGGCGUCCUAAUUACCAUUUCAAACUUUUGAGGGUGUUGCAUUUUAGUUCCUCUUCGGAAUCAUGUUGGAUAGAAGGACAACUAGUUCUGUUGAGGUACCUGGAUUUAGAAUUUCUUCCUGAUCAUUGUCUCCCUGUUUCAAUAUCGAAUCUCCUGAAUUUAGAAACCCUUCUUAUUUCUGAAAAAUGCGACUCUGAUUUUUACUUACCCCAUAGUAUUAGGAAGAUGGUAAAAUUGAGGCAUGUACGUAUUACGGGACCUAAGCGUAAUAUUUUUAUCAGAAGUGGAGGCCUUGUUGACUAUCCUUUUUGCAUGGAUAACUUACAAACUCUGUCGUGGAUAAAUCCUCGGUCUUGCACUGAUGUCUUGGCUAGGUCUCCUAACCUCAGAAAGUUGGGACUCCAAAUCUCAGGGAGAUCGUCUCUACUUCCAAAUUUAGACUCUCUAGACUUUCUAAACCAUGUCCAAGAGUUGAAGUUGAAAUUCGGAAGGGAGCAUAAUCUUCGAACAACUAAGUUCCCCCCCAACCUUACCAAGUUAACUUUGUGGGGGACCCGUCUAUGUUCUGGUGACAUGUCGAUCCUUGCCAACUCACUACCAAACCUCGAGGCUCUAAAGCUAUCGCGUAUGUCCCUCCAAGGGCCAUGUUGGGAAGCAAGCGGGGUUUUCCCUAAACUCAAGUUCUUGAAAUUCAAAUCGCUUCAGAUUUUGGGGUGGAUUGCCUCUAGUGAAGACUUUCCAAGUCUCGAGCGACUAGUGUUAGAACAAUGUUAUCGACUCAGAAAGAUCCCAUUUGAGAUAGGGGAUUUACUGACACUGAAGACGAUUGAGUUACAUGACUGCAACCGUUCUCUUGCUUUUUCUGCCAGGCAAAUUAAGGAAGACCAAGAGAGUCAAGGAAACAUUGGCCUGCAAAUUAAGAUAAUCAAUUAACCCAAACUAUCGAAGAAGAUGCAGAAGAAUAUUGGGAAGAUCAAAAUAUGUUCAGGUUAGAUCUUCCUUGCUCUCAAAUUCAUGAAAGAUCUUGAUAAGAAGAUAAUUUGUUAUGAAUAUCUCUCUGUUUCUUAUUGAUUUCAUUGACAUAAUACAACCACAUAUAUAGAAAAAGAUUACAAUCAAUUAGGAUAGGAUGAAAGCUGCAAUUAUGGAAUUUGACUAAUUCUAACAUCUGUGAUUUAUCCUAAAAUAUUUGUUGCCAAGUAUAUCCCGUGACUUCUGUUAAUACUCCCCUUCAAGAUGGAGCAUGGAGGGACGUAAUGCCCAGCUUGGACGUGAGAAGACGAAAGUGGUCGAUACCCAAAGCUUUAGUGAAAAUAUCGGCUAAUUGGUCAGUGGAAGCAAUGUGAUGAAGCUAAAGAAGACCUUGUUGGACCCUCUCACGAACGAGGUGACAAUCUAUUUCAAUGUGUUUGGAACGCUCAUGAAAAAUGGGAUUCCGAGGGACAUGCAUGGCGGCCUGAUUGUCACAAUAUAGCUGGACUGGGGUUGAUAAAUGGACCGCUAAGUCACAUAGUAAAGUACGAAGCCACAAUAACUCGCAAGUGGUGGAAGCCAUGGCCCAAUAUUCAUCUUCGACAGAGGAUCGUGGGACAACACUCUGUUUUUUAGUACGCUAGGAAACUGGGCUGCGACCAAGGGUAAUAAAGUAACCAAAAGUCGAGCGACGAGUCAUGGGGCAACUGGCCCAAUUAGAAUCGUUGUAGCCAGUGAGUGUGAGAUCUGAUUUGGAAGGAAAAAAUAACCCAUGGGAAAUAGUGCCCUUGAGAUAGCGAAGUAUACGAGUCGCAGCAUCAAGAUGAGGAACCCGAGGAACUUGCAUGAACUGGCUGAAUAGAUUGAUGCUGAAGGUGAUAUCAGGGUGAGAAAUGGUGAGAUAAAUGAGGCGGCCAAUGAGCUGGCGGUAGGAACUCGGAUCUAAUGGGAUCUCCAGAAUCGAUAGAGAGCUUUAGAUGUUGCUCCAUUGGAGAUGAGGCUGGACGGCAUCCUGAUUGGCCUGCAUCAGCGAGGAUAUCAAGAGUGUACUUGCGCUAAUUAAUAAAGAUACCGGUAGUGGAACGUGCUACUUCGACGUCCAAAAAAUAUUUCAACUUUUCAAGAUCCUAUAACUGAAAUUUGCUUGACAAAAA